AUGAACGGUGCCUCGGACCCCGAGAGGGAGCAGGCGUUGGAGGAUUACAAGCGGAGCCUACUGGAUCUCCGGGAAUGGGAGGCCAAGCUCAAGACACUUCGCAUGGGCAUCAAGGACCUGCAGAGGGAGUUUGAUAUCUCAGAAGAAAACAUCAAGGCUCUGCAAAGCGUCGGCCAGAUUAUCGGAGAGGUGCUGAAGCAGCUCGAUGAGGAAAGAUUCAUUGUCAAGGCUUCGUCAGGGCCCAGAUACGUUGUCGGUUGCCGCUCGAAAGUUGACAAGUUGAAGUUGAAGCAAGGCACACGUGUUGCUCUUGAUAUGACGACUCUCACGAUCAUGAGGAUGCUGCCGAGAGAAGUCGAUCCUUUGGUGUACAACAUGUCUUUGGAGGAUCCCGGACAGAUCAACUUUGCUGGUAUUGGUGGUUUGAAUGACCAGAUUCGUGAGCUACGUGAAGUGAUUGAGCUGCCGCUGAAGAACCCCGAGCUCUUCCAGCGGGUGGGUAUUAAGCCACCCAAGGGUGUCUUGCUCUAUGGGCCUCCUGGCACUGGAAAGACACUUUUAGCGCGUGCGGUGGCAAGUUCUAUGGAGACCAACUUCUUGAAAGUGGUCUCCUCUGCUAUCGUCGAUAAGUACAUUGGUGAAUCCGCCCGAUUAAUCCGAGAGAUGUUUGGCUACGCAAAGGAGCAUGAGCCUUGUAUCAUCUUCAUGGACGAAAUCGAUGCCAUCGGUGGGCGACGCUUUUCCGAGGGUACCUCCGCAGACCGUGAAAUUCAGCGAACCUUGAUGGAGCUUCUCAACCAGCUGGAUGGUUUCGAUUAUUUGGGAAAGACAAAGAUUAUUAUGGCUACGAAUCGACCUGAUACACUCGACCCUGCCUUGCUGCGUGCUGGUCGUCUGGACCGAAAGAUUGAGAUCCCCUUGCCCAAUGAGGUCGGUCGCCUUGAGAUUUUGAAAAUUCACACCAGCACCGUACAGCUGGAAGGUGAUAUCGAUUUCGAGAGUGUUGUGAAGAUGAGCGAUGGCCUCAAUGGUGCUGAUCUCCGUAACGUUGUCACAGAAGCUGGUCUGUUUGCCAUCAAAGACUACCGGGACGCGGUUAACCAGGAUGAUUUCAACAGAGCUGUCCGCAAGGUUGCAGAGGCUAAGAAGCUGGAGGGCAAGCUCGAAUACCAGAAACUGUAG